AUGUCCAUUGCAGAGUCGCGACCCGCUGAUGGUGAUGUGUCGAUGAGCGACGCGCAUGUGGUCGCGCAAGAGGAUGUCUCACGGCGCAACCCUCCACACGUGACCAAGGAUGGCGAUCAUCACGUGAACGUCAAUUCUGGGUCUGGAAACCCAGUAAAGUCACCCUCUCAGGAUCAAAGUCAACAGCUAUCGUCGAUAUCACCACCUGGCGAAACCGGCGCGGCUCAGGAGGAUGCCGGGCAAGACAAGAUUGGCUGUGCCAGCGAGGAUAGCGGCAAGGACGAGAAGAACCGGGUGACUGAGAAUGGAAGGAACGACCAUAAUGAUAAGCCCCAAGAGAACAUCGAGAAGGAGAAGCACAGUAAUAAUGGCUAUAUUGGAAUUAAUGGUAAUACUGCCGACACUGGCAACCCAAAGCGAACGGAGUCACCAAGGGAGCUUGCUCCUAACAACCAUCCGCCGUCCCCUCUCCCAGCAUACGAACCCUCCCAUACUACCCCUCCACCUGUUAGGACCACCUCGGAAUCGAUCAAGAGCGACAAGGAGAAAGCCCGUUUGCAGGAGGCGCUGUCACAAACUUCACCUUCGAUAGCGCAGCGAGUCUUCCGAGACCAGUGGAGGGUCCUACUGUUCGCUGGCUACGACGAGAACCAUAUCUCUUUUCUCUUAAGGUGUUUGCUAAAGAACUCUACUCACCCGAUUUUAGACCGCAUCAGAAGGGAUGAUAGUCUAUUUAAGGGACCUCUUCUCGAAACUGCUGUUACCAAGCAGCCAGUGUUCUCGAAAGUUCUAAACAACGCAACUCCUGCUCAGCUUCAAGAGUAUGUACCGCAGCAUGUUCUCGAUGCAGCCUUUGAGCGUCGAUUAGAGAGUAUUGAUGGGAGGACACUUCUGAAUUGGCUCGCGGCGCACCGUCGACUCGGUUAUGAGCAGAAAGACAUCAUUGACAGAUACGACGAGUCGGUUGUUCCAGUUCUUUCUCCGGUGGCCCCCAGCCAAGGGGAUUUACAUAUGAGAGAUGCCCCUCGUUUGGACCCUUCGCCAUUUACAAUGGUGCAUUUCGGCGGCCCACCUGUUCCUAGCCAGCCUGUUGUUGAUCAAUAUGUUGGCCAGCCCAGACCGCCACCCCAAUCGCAACCACAACCACAAUCGCAGUCGCAACCACGGCCACCGCCACCUCAACAGCCACAGCCACAAUUACAACCACAACCGCAACCACGGCCGCAACCCCCAGGUGCCAUGAUUUGCCCCUAUUGCCAAAGACACUUCAAGGACCGAUCAGGUUAUAACUAUCAUGUCCAUAAGAAGGUUUGCGAAAAAGAAGCUCCUGAUGGGAGCUGGAAGUGGAUGUGCACCAUGUGUGCUCAAGGAUUUACUACGAAGCAGGGAAGAGACUAUCAUGAGCUUAAAGGAGUCUGUAGAGAUUGUGAUAUUGCACCUGCUACAGCUCGUCCCGCGAAGACAACCGGGAUGUCUAGAUCACCAAUGCCCUCCCAGACCUCUUUUAGUGCUGCACCUAUCGCACGACCUCCGUUUACCAACCAGCCUGUUGAGAGCAACCCAGCCCCUAUCCCACAAGUAGGACAAGGGCAACAAGCCCAGCAUCCCUCGACAUCUCAGAACACACCUCAAUCCAAGUUUGUACCACUUGCCCAGCAGCCCCCACCGCCCCAAUCUUCAGGGCCAGGACAGUCAGCACAGCAAUCCCGUACUCCAGGAGCACCAUCGAUUCCACGGCCCCCCUUAUAUACACCAUUAGGCCGUUCAAAGAAAGAAGUACCUCAAGAUAUUAGACAAUCACCGUCUCAACUGCCACCAGAUGUAUUAGCAGCUUUGAACCGAGAAAUCUUGGAAGAAGACCGGAGAUAUGAGAAAGCCGUGGCUGAGGCCGACAAAAUGAAGGACCCAAAGGCUCGGGACCAAAGGCUUACAUCUCUCAAGAACGGGAAUGCCUCCAAGAAAAGCCAAAUUCGAAAGCGGUACGGUGUCAGUCUUCGACUCCGAGAGAGAGACAAGCAGGCGAUGAGGCCGUCUGUUCAUAAGAACCGAAUUGAAGGAUUUAGGGCUGUAGAACCCCCAAGAUCCUCGAAUCCACAGGUGGUUGUUCCAACAACAGGGUUUUCACCGAUCAAUGCGUCUCGGCGGCCUGGUCCUAGCCCAAUCAACGUGCCUCAACGGUCUGGCGCAGUAAACGGCUACGGCUCACCUUAUGGAGCUCCCCCACCUCGUUCUUCUUCACGAGCACAGAUGUCUCCUUACAAUCCAACUUCCUCAUCGCAACCGGAAACUUCACCAUACCAGCAGAAUGCUCAUCGCGAUGGCUCUCGGGCGGCUAUCCCUCCAAUUACAGCUUCUGGUGCUGCAGUACCGAGGAAUCAUCGGUAUAUGUCGCAAGACCAGGUGCCUACGGCAGCAUUUGGGAAGCGCCGCCGAGAAGAUGAUGAUGGUGGCCAUGAUCCCCGGCCUCCAGCUCAACCACCCACAUUUGAUGCCAUUCUAUACCAAGGGCCUCCGCCUAAACGGCCUGCUACCUCUACAUCCCCCAAGUUAUCUUCAACACCACAGCAGCACACCCAUACUGAAAACACACCGGGAAUGGCCAGCCCUGCAUCGUCGAAGAUGGAGACAAUGCAGACCAAUAAAAGUACGAGUGCGUCCCCUAGAGCGGGCGCUCGUGUCAGUGACAGCAGAUCAAUGGCUGCAAACGCAAGCGACCCUCCAGGUCAGGACACCGAAAUGAAUGAUGCCAAUCCUGUCCAGGUGUCUGUUUCGGAUUCUGCCCCCGUUUCGGAAGCAACCAAUCAUCGUGAGACCAAGGCGAAGACGGCCGAUAGUGCGAAGAAGGACACUAGCUUUAGGGUUGAAGACGGAAUCACGGUUAUCUCUAGCGAUAGCGAUUGA